GGUGCGCGGAGGCGCGGCUGGCGUCUGAGUGCGCGCCCAGCGUGGACCUUCUGCUUGCCUCGGUUUCCCUGUCUGUCAAAGGACCACUGUGGGCUGAUCCUGAACCCGCCGCUACCACUUCCAUCCCUGCGUGGGGGGCUGCUCGGCAUGUCUGUUCCUGGCAGGGACAGGAGGGACCUCCCCCAUUUUACAGAAGAGGACACUGCUCAGGGAGGUGAAGGAGCUUGUCCAGAGUCCCACAGCAGGGAGAGUCCGUCUGCAGCAGCCAUGUCCGUGGAUGAGGCCGUUGAGGACCCCAAACCCAGCUUGGGGGAGCAGGAUCAGCAGAACGUAGUGCAGCGUGUAGCAUCCCUGCCCCUGGUCAGGGCCGUGUCCCAUGCCUACAGCGCAGCCAAGGACUGGCACCCACUGCUGGGCUCCGCCUGCCGCCUGGCUGAGCACUGCGUUUGCGGCCUGACCACCUGCGCCCUGCACCACGCCCAGCCGCUGUUGGACCACCUGCAACCCCAGCUGGCCACAGUGAACAAUCUUGCCUGCAGGGGUCUGGACAAGCUGGAGGAGAAGCUGCCAUUUCUCCAGCAACCUGCAGACAUGGUAGAGGUGGUGGCCUCCGCCAAGGAUGCCAUGGCCAGCAGCGUCCCAGGCCCAGCGGACAUUGCACAGCGGAGCCGGCGUUGGAGCGUGGAGCUGAAGCGCUCUGUGAGUCACACCGUCCACACUGUGCUGGGCAAAUCUGAGGAGCUGGUGGACCACUUCCUGCCCAUGACGGAGGAGGAGCUGGCGGCACUGGCGGCUGAGGUUGAAGGCCCUGAAGUGGGCUCUGUGGAGGAGCAGAGACGGCAGCAGGGCUACUUUGUGCGUCUGGGCUCCCUGUCAGCACGGAUCCGCCAUCUGGCCUACGAGCACUCUCUAGGGAAACUGAGGCAGAGCAAACACCGUGCACAGGACAUCCUGGCCCAGCUGCAGAAGACACUGGAGCUGAUCCACCAUCUGCAGAGCGGAGGGGUGAGCCCCACGGCCCAGCCCGCCAACGAGCAGCAGCUGUGGGAGGACUGGAGCCUGUGUCCCCUGCAGAACGGCCGCAGACGUAGCCAGGUGGAGCUGGACACGCUGGAGCUGUGGCGCCGCCUGACGCAGGAGCUGCAGAGCGCGGUGGCCGCGCUGGCCGCGGGCGUGCGGGGUCUGCGGGGCGCGCAGGCGCAGGUGGCCGAGGUGCGGCGCAGCGUGGACGCGCUGCAGGCGGCCUUCGCGGGCGCGCGCGGCGUCGGGGACGUGCGGGCGGCGGUGGCCGCGGGCCGGGGCAGCGUGGCGCGGGCGCGCGCGGCCGUGGACGAGCUGCUGGAGCUGGCGCUGCGGAGCGGGCCGCUGGCCUGGCUCGUCGGGCCCUUCGCGCCCGUGCUGGUGGAGCGGCCCGAGCCCCCCCGCGACCUGGCCGCGCGGGUGGACGAGGUGGUGGGCCGCCCCGACCCCCGCUGGGCGCACCUGGACCGGGCCCCGGAGGCCGAGCGUCCUCCCCGCGCGCCCCCGGCCAAGCCCACGCUGAUGCCCGAGCUGGACUUCUGACGCCCUGCUGCCCCCUGGCGGCCACGGCCUUGACCUUGCCCGAGGCUCCAAACUGGGAUGGGGGCGGAACUCCGGCUCUCAGCCCCCCCCCGCACUUUCCCCUGGGCACGCGGGGGACC